AUGCCCGAGACUCAAAUCUUAGUAGAAACCAAGAACAGCAGCAGCCACGAUGUCAAUAACCAUGAUAUCAGCGUUGCUCAUUCAACCUAUAUCCAUAUCGAUCGUGCCAAAGAAGCCAAAGUCGUGAGAAAGCUGGACCUAUACAUCACACCCGUACUCUUCAUCGUCUAUCUCUCAUGCUUCAUCGAUAGACGUGAUGCAGGAAACGUCAAAGUCGCCGGCAUGCCCGAAGAAAUCGGCGCCACAAACCAGCAAUACUCCACAGCCGUAUCCCUCUUCUUCGUAACCUACCCCCGCUUCGUUCUCACAGCACUUUGCGUAGUCUGGUCCGUCACGACAGUAGCCAAUGGUCUGAUUCGGAAUGUCGGCGGCCUGUACGCCUGUCGUUUGGUCCUCGGCGCUUGCGAAGGCGGUCUUUUCCCUUCUCUCAACAUGUACCUCACCAUGGUAUAUAAACGAGACGAGAUCGCGAAGCGCACGUCAUACCUUGUCUCGUGCACGGCAUUAUCCGGUGCCUUUGGGGGCCUGUUGGCGUACGGGUUGUUACAAAUGGACGGCGUUGGUGGAUACGCUGGCUGGAGAUGGGUGUAUCUCAUGGAGGGGGCGUUUAGUAUCACAUGCGCCUUUGCUGUAUGGUUCGGAUUGCCUAGCGAUGUCCGCAAAGCGUACUUCUUCGGUGAGGAGGAGCGAGCCAUCAUGGACAUGCGGCAUCAGGAGAGGUUGGACUACAUGGGCAGCAAUGAGCUUGAUUGGAAUGAAGUGAAGCUCGCUUUCUUGGACCCAAAGACUUGGCUCAGCGCGUGGACUCAAUUUUGCCAGAACAUCUUGACAAACGGGUUCGGCACUUUCUUGCCCUCGAUCUUACACGCCAUGGGCCACGGCACGCUAGCCAGCAACUAUCUGACAAUACCCGUGUAUUGCCUUGGCGCACUGGCAUUCUUCACUUUCGCUUUUCUGUCAGACAAGUACGGAAAGUGCGGCAUGUUCCUCUUCACUACCAAUCUUGUUGGCGCAGUAGGCUAUGCAAUACUGAUUGGUGUCAGUAACAAUGCUGUCAAAUAUUUUGCCUGCUUCGUCUGCACCAUCGCAGUGUACAACGGCACAGGGCUGAACCUGGCAUGGCUCAACACGAUCGGCAAUUCGGCCGGUGCUGCGGCAGGUCAGGUAUACAGAAGUUCACCGUAUCUUCUUGGGAACACUUUCUCGCUUGGUGCCAUAUUUGUCGCCGAGUGUCUGAUCGUCAUUCAUUGGCUAUUCCUCAGACGCUUAGAUAAAGAGAAGGAGGUUAUUCUUGCAGGUGCCGGGCCAGAUACGCGAAAGAAGCGGACAGGCGACCGAGAUGUUGAGUUCAGGUACCGUCUUUAA